UCUAAGGAAAGCUCAUCAAUCCAAACACAUCACACAACGUUAGUAGCAACAAUGAUGAAACCUAUUCUCCUCCUUCUCUUAUCAUCCCUUCUCCCAUCAAUCCUCACCGUUGAUCCCCCACUCCCAUCACCAGACGGCUCAGAUUUCAUCCGUACGAGUUGCAACACCACACUUUACCCCGACCUAUGCUUCUCCUCUCUCUCCACUUUCGCCAACUCCAUCCACAACGACUCAAACCGUCUCGCACGCGUAGCCAUCUCUCUCACUCUCUCCAACACUCUCCACCUUGUCUCCUACCUCCAAAACGCUUACGGCAACUGCGUUGACCAUGGUUGUGAUGGCCCAACCGCUGCUAUCAUAAAGGACUGUUCUGAGAAUCUUAAGGAUGCUGUCGACGAGAUGAGAGACUCGAUGAAGCAGAUGAAGGAGCUUGUUUCCACGGGCUCGGUCCAGUCCUUUAGGUUCCAGAUGAGUAACGUCAAGACUUGGCUCAGCGCAGCUCUCACUAACCAGUAUACCUGUACUGACGGAUUCGAGGACUUCCACGAGAACGGCUCCAUCAAAGAUGACGUAUCCUCACGAGUGGACGACGUUAAGAAGCUGACUAGCAUUGCGCUUGCUUUAGUUAAUCGCUACGCCGAUAAGGCAAUACCUUUAUAAUUCAUCGAUCAAGUCUUCCUUUAUCUUGAAUAAAUGAGCUUUAUACAUAAAAUAAAUAUGUAAAUGAUAAACAGUAAAAUUCGUUGUUGGCUAAUACUAUAUGUGAGUUUCCCUUAGUUGUAUAAUAUGUUUUGUGUCGAAAUUAUUAUUUACAUGGAAAUAAUACAAAACGAGUUUGUGAAAAGAA